CUAUCAUUAUGUACAACUACUACCACAGGAAGGUGUCUCCGAAGCUUGCUUUUGCUGAUCCCAAGCGGUUUUUUACGUGCGCUUCUCUUUCUGUUGGAGAAGAUUUGUUGCCAUACCUGAGCAUAGCCCAUGCGUAUGAGAACGAUUCUGGAGAUGAUGCCACCUUAUCUGUUACUGAUAAAGGAGCAAUACAAGCUUGUAAGAUUGCUGCAGAACUCGAUGCGACUAAAAUUUAUCCAGACAUGGGAGUGUGGCCAAUAGGCAAAGUUGCUGUGCUCCUUCUGGACCCGACAAAGAAAAAAUGUUUGAUUGAGUAUGGUGCUGACACCAAGGGUGUCUGGUCAUUCAUAGAAAAGGAAUAUGAUGCUGCAUCCGGUAUUUCACACAGUACCAACCAACCAGCAGGCGAGGAGUCGACAAGUAAAACAACAUUUGGUGCUUUGGAUGGUCCAUUAAUUCUUCAACAACUAGCAAUGUCAGAGGUGCAGCGUAGAACAGGUAUGGAUGGCUCAGACUUGCUUGUUCUUGACGAAGAUUUGACAUACUCGUUGAGUAAAGGAAGGACGACUACCAAGUUGUUCAUCGUGGAAUAUAAGAAAACAACAAAGUGCAAACUUGUGGAAGUGUCUCUAGAAGACUUGAUUCUCAGUAUGAACGGUCCAGUAUUUGUAAAUGAUCCGUUCCUGAAAACAACAUCGGUAGUCGAGUACUAUCACAUUCUUCCAUAUAAGGAGAUUUUACAAGGACUCCUCCACAGGAAAUGGCCUGAUGUCCCCAGACAUAGAUUGAACUCUGGGAUAGAUGAAAAAUUGGAAGAGCAAGGAGAGAAUAGCAUGUCAAAGAUGAAAAAACAAACUGCAAAAGUGUCAACUCCAAUGCAAAACAAACGAGCAAUAAAAGCAACUGGUGCCAAUAGUAAUCAGAACUCCAACAUCAGCAAGAACAAGAAAAGUUUCAAAAGAAAAGCUGAAGCCUCCAGGGAUACAGCAGCUGAGGGUCCAGAUGGUGAGAGCCCCAUAAUAGAAAACAAGCGCAAGAAAAGUUGCAAAGGAAAAGUUGAAGCCUCCAGGACUACAGCAGCGCAGGGUCCAGAUGAUGAGAUCCCCAUAAUAGAAAACAAGGACAAGAACAGUUGCAAAAGGAAAGCUGAAGCUUCCAGGAUUACAUCAACGGAGGGUCCAGAUGGUGAGAGUCCCAUAACAGAAAAUGAAUCACUUAUUGUUCCUGAUGUCAAAACUCCAGGACUCCCGACUAAUAAGUCAAUAAAUACAAAAGCAACAACAGUAGUAAGUGGAGGACCCAUACUCCUACAGUCCGGUGGUCAAGUGGACAAGCACAAGACACAGAAUGAGAAUAUGCCCCAAGAUGCCUUUCUGCCAAUGGCACCAUAUUUUGAUCACGCAAUCGAGAACGGUUCUUUGAAACGCCAAAAUAUGGAAAUGACAGGAAACUCAGGCGGCAUCACUGAGAACAAUAAUGAUCAGAUGUAUGAUACACUACAAUCACUUCAGAAAAUACGGGAUGAAAUUCUUCGCAAGGAAUGCAUACUUCAGGAACGAAGUAUUCAAAUUGAUAUGGAAAUUCAUACAAUCUUGAAUGAAGGGAAGGUGACACCCAAAGCGCUGGCAAUAGUGGAAAGCUAUAAGGGAACUUGUUCAGAUAUGACGGCAGUUGCCAAUUCAGCUUGCUCUGGAGAUGGCGGUCAAACCAGGAGCAUUAAGAGGAAUAAACUGAAGCAGGCAUUCCUCAAUAAAUGCGAGGAGCUUGAUGCCAUCUGCAAAAAGUGUGAGUGGAUGCUCCCAAGAUAUGCAAUAGUGCUUUCAGUGGCGGAUGGAAUGUUCCGUGCCACUGUACACCUCGCAUGCUCUGAGUUUGACAUGAGCAUCGUUGGUGAUCCUAGUCCGACCCCACGCAAGGCGAGGUACUCUGCAGCUGCCAAGAUGAUAGCGGAGCUUGAGAAGAACAAGGAAGAAGAAGAAGAUGAAGAAGAGCAGGAUAGCUGAUGCAAAAGUUGCCUAGUUAAACUCCCAAUGCUGGAAGAGCAGGCGGGCUUGAACCCAUAGUAGUCAUUAAAACUUUGAACCAAACUCCGUGAGAACCUUGUCUAGCUACUUCACCUUCCAGAGGUUGAAUCCUCGUGUUGUUGUUUGUGUGGAGUUUUCUUAAGGUCGUGAUAAACCACAUAAUGUUAUUUUAAAAUCCUGUGUUGGUGCAGCCGUAAAUUAUCGAUCUGGUUGGCC